AUAGCAGCACUCAUUUCCAGGCAAACAACACAGAAGCCGCACAACAAAGCUAGACCCAAGCAGAGCAGCAAUUGGGACCAGGCACACACACAUACACAAAGGAGAUACAAGGCAGAGAACCGCACAGCCUGCCAACAUGAGGUUUCUUCUUGUUUUCACUCCUUUUCUGUGGUUGCUCUGUAAAGGAGAUGUCAUUGUGCUCACGGAGAUGUAUGGUGAGAUCAGAACACCGAGUUUUCCAGAUUCAUAUCCCAGUGAAACAGAGCUGACCUGGAAUAUUACUGUACCAGAGGGAUUCAGGAUUAAGCUGUACUUCAUUCAUUUCGAUUUGGAGCCCUCGUACCUAUGCGAGUAUGAUUAUGCCAAGGUGGAAACUGAUGAACAAAUAUUGUCUGUUUUCUGUGGAAGGGAAAGUACUGAUACUGAGCAAACUCCAGGACAGCAGGUUAUUGUGUCACCUGGGAACUUCCUGAGCCUUACCUUCAGGUCUGACUUUUCCAAUGAAGAACGUUAUACAGGCUUUGAUGCUCAUUAUAGUGCAGUUGAUGUCGAUGAGUGUGCAGAGCGAAACGAUGAAGACAUGGUCUGCGACCAUCAUUGUCAUAACUAUAUUGGUGGAUUCUACUGCUCAUGCAGAUUUGGUUACCUUCUUCACUCAGAUAACAGGACAUGCAAAGUGGAAUGCAGUGAUAAUUUGUACACUCAGAGGAGUGGAAUCAUUUCCAGUGCGGAUUUUCCAAGCCCAUAUCCGAAGAGCUCUGACUGUCUGUACAGAAUUGAGCUGGAGGAAGGAUUUGUCAUUAAUCUUCAGUUUGAUGACAACUUUGAUAUUGAGGACCACCCAGAAGUAUCAUGUCCAUAUGAUUACUUAAAGAUCAAAGCUGGAAGAAAGGAAUUUGGUCCAAUAUGUGGAGAGAAAUCACCAGGAAGAAUAGAAACAGAAAGUAACAGUGUUCAGAUCCUAUUUCAUAGUGAUAAUUCUGGGGAGAAUGGAGGAUGGAGACUGUCUUAUACUGUCACAGGAGUUCCUUGUCCUGACCUACGGCCACCCACAAAUGGGAAAAUUGAACCUUCUCAAUCAGAAUACACCUUCAAAGACCAAGCAGUUAUCACCUGUAACCCUGGAUAUCGAAUUAUAAAGGACAGUGUGGAAAUUGAAAGUUUCCAGCUUGAGUGCAGGAAAGAUGGGACAUGGAGUAAUGAGGUUCCAAGAUGUCAAAUUGUUGACUGUAAUUUGCCGAAAGAACUUGAGAGUGGAUAUGUGACUUUCUCGACACCAGAAAACACCACCACCUAUCAGUCGACUGUCACAUAUUUAUGCAAAGAACCUUACUACUCUAUGGUACCAAACAUUACUGCUGGAUACACCUGCAACGCAAAUGGAGUGUGGAUAAAUUCUGAGAUAGGAGAUAAACUUCCAGUGUGCCAGCCAGUUUGCGGAAGGCCUACACAACCCCUCCCAGGAAUAGUGAAACGUAUCAUUGGUGGACGUAAUGCAGAACCUGGAUAUUUUCCUUGGCAGGUUCUAAUUGUGGUCGAAGACAUGUCCCGAGUUCCUGAAAACAAGUGGUUUGGCAGUGGAGCAUUGCUGUCUGACUACUGGGUGCUAACUGCAGCUCAUGUAUUGAAAUCUCAACGACGUGAUAACACUGUAAUUCCGGUGUCAAAGGAUCAUGUCACUAUCUAUUUAGGGUUACACGAUGUGAAAAAUAAAGAUAAUGCUAUUACCAGAACAAUAGAGAAGAUAGUACUACAUGAAUCCUUUGACCCACAGAUUUAUAACCAUGAUAUAGCACUGGUAAAAUUGAAAGAAAGGGUAGUAAUGAACCAAUUCAUAAUGCCAAUAUGUCUACCAGAGCUGGAUCAUGAGUUGGAAGGUCCUCAGCCCAAUACUCUUGGUCUUGUAGCUGGUUGGGGUAUCUCUAAUCCUAAUAAUACCAUAGAUGAAGUCAUUAGCUCUGGCAUGAGAACAUCUUCCGAUGUGCUCCAAUAUGUGAAACUCCCAGUAGUCCUUCAUGCUGAGUGUAAGGAGAGCUAUGAGUCCCGCUCUGGGAAUUAUAGUGUAACGGAAAAUAUGUUUUGUGCAGGAUAUUAUGAAGGUGGGAAGGACACCUGCCUGGGAGAUAGUGGGGGUGCCUUCAUAAUUCAAGACUCUGACUCAAAGAGGUGGGUGGCACAAGGGCUAGUAUCAUGGGGAGGACCUGAAGAAUGUGGAAGCAAACAAGUUUAUGGUGUAUAUACCAAAGUGUCAAAUUAUGUGAACUGGUUGGAUAAUCAGCUCAAUUCAUAAAGAGCGUGUUAUUUUGGAACUAAUGGGAAGGGAAUAUUAAAGGGAUCAUGUCAUCACAUUUGCCAUAUGCAACUAAUAAUAUAGUGCCGAGGUUGACACCAUAGCAAAAUUAUUGCUUUGUCUUUUAAAGCUCUCAGCCUUGGCAUCUUGAUGUAAUUCCACUUUGAAAGUGUGCCUUUCCAUAUGUAAAUGUGGGUCAUAGAGUCAUCUGGGUGUCUUCUUACAUUGCCUGAGUCACAGAGUCACCGCCACAAAUUUCACUGUGAUUGACAGCCCCUGAUAUUCCGGCACGCCUGAAAUCUUGUGCGUGCGCCAUAGAUACCUUUUCCCUUCUCCUCUAAUGGUAAGAGUAAGCUGACAUGCAUACUGAAUACCAGAGGAGAAUCAGAGAAGAAGGGAACAAGUAUUUAUGGCACACACACAAGAUUUCAGACACACCGGGGUGUCAGAGGGAUGUCAGUCACAGUGAGAUAGGCUGGCUAGCAGCGGUGACUCAGGGCAGUUCAAGAAGACACCCCAAUGACUACAGCACCAUAUCAUUAGUUGCAUAUGGCAAUGGCAUAUGUGAUGACAGGAUCCCUUUAAAAGUUAGUGAUGUAUGUUUAAUUCUAGAAGACUUCUAAACCACUUAAAAACAAUUGCCAUCCCAUGAUAAAAUGCCACUUUAUUUUGGCACAGCACACUGUUUACAGUUACUCAAGUAUCAGUUAGGGUUCUUAACAUUAAAGGAGUUCUCUGGACCUGUGCCUUAAAAGCUUUUCUUGGCUAACCUGUGUAGCAGUACUUACCCUUCUGUCACUCCAACGAUUCCACGAUCCCGGCUGGGAACACGUGACUGCGACUGGUUGUGGGUUUUUCUUCUGUUGUUGCAAACAGAUGUGCUCCUCUUUCUUCCUGUUGAGCUACUUCUACAUUAGGCAGAUGAAAAUAGAGGAGCACAUCCAAUCACAACAUCAGAGAAUCUCAGAACAGGCAGAGCGACGGAAGGAUAAAGUACUACUCAAAGUAUGUUCUGUCCACAGUUUAGCAGAAAGAGGAUUUUUAGGCACAGGACCAGAGAACCCCUUUAAUGGGUUCUGCUGAGCCUUUGGCUAAAUUCUAGCUUUCAUACAACCUGUUAAAGGAAGAUUAUUUCACCACUACUUACCCUUCCAUCGCAUCUCCGAUUCCACAAUCUGGGCUGUGCUCUUGUGGCCUCCUGGCUGGCUGCAGGCUAUUCCACUGAUAUCUCAACUGGAUUUGUAUAUCUGGGCAAGACAUCAGCAGAAGAACCCACAGUCAGUUAGGAGGACAUGAGAGCACAGUCCAGAUUGUAGUAUCUGCAGUGUGACUGAACAGUAAAUAGUAGUGAAAUGAUCUUCCUUCCACAGGUUGUAUGCAAGUUAAAAUUCAAUCAAAGCCCCAGAGAACCAAUUUAAUACUUAAAGUGGUUUAGACUGAUUUUUUUCUGAAAAUUAAAUACGCUGUAUAGACACUAAUAGAAAUGAACAAAAGUAUCCAAAAGUAAAACUUCAACUGCCUAAUCUUCAACUCCCCCCAACAUCUGCAGUCAGGGGUAGAGCCUUGGGUAGCUCCUGUACACAUUAGAUGGUUGGUCAGUCUCAUCAAAAUUAGGGGGGUCAGUUGAUAUACAUGUGAAGUGUAUGGCCAAUUGUAGUGUGGGAGCAGUUAGGGGAAUUGAAGGUGAGUACAUAUUUUUGCUACUUUAACAAAAAAUCUGCAUAUUCAAUAGGUCUGAAAACUUUAAGACACUCCAAACGUUUAUGAAAAUCAAUUCCAGUUGACAAUGACCGACAGACCUCACACUGCAAAUGAGAUGAGUUUGAAAAAAGAGAAGUGUUUUAUGUACUGUAAUUUAUUUAUAUUGGCUAACAGAAUUGCUGUUUUUAUAGAUGGAAAAUCUGUUACACUGACAAAAAGCCAUGAGACAUGCUUUAAAUAUUUCUUUAGGUUGGAUUUCCAUGAGGCGGCUUUGAUGUGUCAGCCACAUCCCUAUCCACCCAUGGCAGCUAAUGGCAGCACAAAUUUAAAUAUAAUAUCCCGCAAAUUCAUAUAGCAAAUUGCGGGUGGGGUUGUGGACACCAUGUGGAAAUCAGCCUAGUGGCAUUUCUUAUUUA